UAAUGUUGUAAAAUUUUUGUAUAAAAUAAUUUAAAAAAAUUCAUCGGGAUAAACAAAAGCGAAGAACCAAAUACAGUUUUUGGGAGGGUUAAUUUUUGUGUGUAUAUAUUUUUUUUUCUUGUGGAUUAGUGAUUUCGAGAUAGGCUCCUGUAUGGUGAUGUCGGAGCACGGUGGCUUGGCCAUGCAUCAGCUGCCUAUACAUCAUCGUGGCCUGGUGCAGCCGAGCCUUGUUGUUAAUCCUCAUCCUUUAUCAGCAAGCAAUGAUUCUUGUUCGAAUAUUGAUAAUCAAAAUAAGAAACCAAGAAGAUUAAGUCACUGCGUUGGAUGUGGUGGACAAAUUCACGACCAAUAUAUAUUAAGAGUGGCUCCAGAUUUAGAAUGGCAUGCUGCUUGCCUUAAGUGCCAGGAAUGUAGACAAUUCCUAGACGAGUCAUGUACCUGUUUCGUUCGAGACGGUAAAACAUAUUGUAAGCGAGAUUACGUUAGAUUAUUUGGAACAAAAUGCGAUAAAUGUGGUGCAUCAUUUAGUAAAAAUGAUUUUGUAAUGCGUGCUAAAAGUAAAAUCUAUCAUAUAGAAUGUUUUCGUUGUUGUGCAUGUGCAAGACAAUUAGUACCUGGUGAUGAGUUUGCAUUACGUGAUGGUGGUGCAUUAUAUUGUAAAGAAGAUCAUGAUGUUAUGGAGAAGAGCUCAUCGAUAUCAAGUACACCACAUCCAACUGUUGGUGUUGGUGGUGGACCAGAAAGUAAUAAUAAUACAAGUCUUAGUAAUAAUAAUCAUAGUAAUGCUAGUGCUGAUCUUGGCUGUAUGUCAGACUCGGGUUCUGAAUCUGGUUCACAUAAGGGUGGUCGAGGGAAACCAGGUAGUGGUGGUGGCUCCGGCGGUGGUUCGGGUGAUGGUAAACCAACACGCGUGCGUACUGUAUUAAAUGAAAAACAAUUACAUACGUUACGGACAUGUUACGCAGCGAAUCCACGACCCGACGCUCUAAUGAAAGAACAGCUGGUAGAGAUGACGGGUCUAUCACCUCGCGUUAUACGUGUCUGGUUCCAAAAUAAACGUUGCAAGGACAAGAAAAAGACAAUACUUAUGAAACAACAAAUGCAACAAGAGAAGGACGGACGUAAGUUGGGGUAUGGUAGUAUGCAAGGUAUACCGAUGGUAGCAUCAUCACCAGUACGACAUGAUUCACCGUUAGGCAUGCAUCCGUUGGAAGUACAAGCGUAUCAACCACCAUGGAAAGCACUCAGUGAUUUUGCCCUUCAUACCGAUUUAGAACAAACGCAUACACCAGCGUUCCAACAUCUUGUCAAUCAAAUGCAUGGUUAUGACUUACCACCACCAUCAAUGAUGCCUGGCCAUGGUGUACAAACGGGUAUGCAUGGUGGUGCACCGCCACCUGACUCUAUGGCGCAUCCGGAUAGCACGGACAGUUACGUAACAUACCUAGAAAGUGAUGAUAGUCUGCCAGCAAGUCCCUAACCCACUCCAUCAUCGCCUUUUAACAUUGUGUACAUACAGUAAUCA